AUGAACUCGGCAGCUCGAUUAUCACGGGCAGUUCAGCCUCUUUCGUUCCAGUCAAGGACACUAUCACGGACUAUCCCCUUGGCUUCGAACUGCCACUUCCAGCAGCGAUGGUCAUCUAACGGCAAGGUCUCCGGGCCGGUCAUCGGUAUCGAUCUGGGAACGACCAACUCGUGUGUCUCCAUCAUGGAAGGCAAAAGCCCUCGGGUCAUCGAAAACACCGAGGGGGGCCGAACUACCCCGUCAGUCGUAGCCUUCACCAAAGACGGUGAAAAACUCGUUGGAAUUCCUGCCAAGCGACAAGCCCUGGUCAACUAUGAAAACACGUUUUUUGCUACCAAAAGGCUGUUGGGUCGAAAAUUUUCUGACUCGGAGGUCCAGAAAGACAUCAACCAAGUCCCGUAUAAAAUCGUCAAACACACCAACGGCGAUGCUUGGUUGGAGGCACGUGGCCAAAAGUAUUCACCAAGUCAGAUAGGUGGAUACGUUGUUCAAAAGAUGAAGGAGACCGCUGAAGGUUACCUGACGAAAGAGGUUAAACACGCUGUUAUCACCGUCCCUGCCUACUUCAACGACGCCCAGCGGCAAGCAACAAAGGAUGCCGGUGCAAUUGCCAAGCUGGACGUUCUCCGUGUUAUCAACGAACCCACCGCUGCUGCCUUGGCAUAUGGUCUGGAUCGAGAAGAAUCGCGGCUGAUCGCGGUCUACGACCUCGGAGGUGGUACCUUCGAUGUGUCGAUUCUUGAAAUGCAGAAAGGCGUCUUCGAGGUUAAAUCAACCAACGGUGACACCCACCUGGGAGGGGAAGACUUCGACAUUGUACUCGUCGAUCACAUCAUCUCUGAAUUCAAGAAAGACACCGGUAUCGAUCUUAGCAAAGACCGAAUGGCCAUCCAACGAAUCCGAGAAGCUGCCGAAAAAGCCAAAAUCGAAUUAUCAUCCACCUCGCAAACGGACAUCAACCUCCCCUUCAUUACCGCCGAUGCCACAGGUCCCAAGCACAUCGAUAUCAAACUUGGUCGGGCCAAGUUCGAAUCCCUGGUUUCCAAGCUGGUCACUCGGACCGUAGAACCUUGCAAGAAGGCCAUCGCUGAUGCUGGUGUCAAGAAAGACGAGAUCAACGACGUUCUAUUGGUUGGAGGCAUGACACGAAUGCCCCGAGUUAUCGAAACCGUCAAAUCACUAUUCGGCCGAGAACCAAGCAAAGGUGUGAACCCCGAUGAGGCAGUGGCUGUCGGCGCUUCAAUCCAGGCCGGUGUUUUGUCCGGCUCCGUCACGGAUGUCCUUCUUUUGGACGUAACCCCGCUUUCGCUAGGUAUCGAGACCCUUGGUGGUGUCUUCACCCGACUGAUUAACCGCAAUACCACUAUUCCCACCAAGAAGUCAUCUGUCUUCUCUACCGCUGCCGAUGGCCAGACAGCAGUUGACAUCAAGGUCUUCCAAGGAGAACGAGAACUGGUCCGGGACAACAAGCUCUUGGGCAACUUUCAACUCGUUGGAAUUCCUCCUGCCCCCAAGGGAAUUCCCCAAAUCGAAGUUACCUUCGACAUCAACGCUGACGGUAUCGUUGACGUAUCGGCCAAAGACAAGGCAACACUGGAGUUUUUACAAUUGAGAGAGCAACAAAUUCAGGAGCCCAUUGAUCCAAUCCACUAA